CUCAUUUUAUCGCUACUUUCCCUCUGAUCCCAAAUGUGCGAUACUACGACAGGCGUUUACCGAACGGUGCGCGCCAUCUGGCCACCCACUCCUAAGUUCUCCGUCAACCAUAUCCCAGACUUAACCGGCAGGGUCAUCGUUGUCACCGGCGCAAAUACUGGCGUGGGCAAAGAAACCGUGAAAGCACUCCUCCAGCAUAAUGCCAAAGUAUAUCUCGCAGCGCGGAGCCGGUCCAAGGCCGAGGCUGCGAUAAAGGACUUGAAGGACGCAACGGGCAGGGACGCAAUUUUCCUAGAGCUGGACCUCUCGAGCCUGGCAUCGGUUCGCAAGGCCGCGGAGGAGUUCCUGGGCAAGGAGUACGAGCUAAAUAUCCUCUUCAACAAUGCCGGUGUGAUGGUCCCGCCGAUAGACCAGUUUACGUCAGACGGGUAUGAUCUGCAAUUCGGCACGAACGUCCUCGGGCAUUGGUAUUUUACGGAGCUGCUCCUGCCCGCACUACAGGCAGGCGCCCGGAACUCACCCGAUGGUUAUGCGCGCGUUGUCACCACGAGUAGCAGCGGCGCACACCUCGCCAAGCCCGUCGACUGGGACACUUUCCGCGAGCACCCAAACCGGCAAAAGCUCGGUACACAAUUGCUGUACUUCCAAAGUAAGCUCCUCAAUGGUGUCGUCGCGCACGAGUCGUCGAAGCGUUACAAAGACAUGAACAUCCUCUGCUACGCCUGCGAUCCUGGCGCUCUCAAGACCGACCUGCAGCGCUAUGCAACCCCUUUCCAAAAGAAGCUCGUUAAUGCCUUGCUACACGAGGCCUCGUAUGGUGCACUUACGCAGCUGUGGGCAGGUACGAUGGAGGAGACGGUUCAGUACAACGGCGAGUUCCUCAUUCCAUAUGCUCGUCCGGGCAAGACGAAGACUGCAAUGUAUGACCCCGAGAUUGGCAAGCGCCUGUGGGCAUACAUGGAGGAGCAAGUCAAGUCCAAGUAGCCUCUUUGUUUUUUUGGCUCACACUCGAUAAUUAUAUACCCUUGCUGUUAUUUAUAAACCGUAUAUCUGUUCGUAUAUCGAGUCAAGCCCGUCAAACUACUUAUGUCCGCC